CCGCCCGACUUCCCAGCGGCCCCGUGCGGCCCGGGCAUGCCCAGUGUGGGCGCAGCGGCCCCGGCCCUGGGAGCGCCCGGGUGGGAGCGGGCGGCUGGGCGCGGGGGGUCGCGGAGGAGCCGAGCGGGCCCGCGGUGGGCGACGGGCCAGGCUGGAGACGGAGCUGCGGCGGCUACGCUGCCGGUGGGCGCAUUGACAAAAGUUUCUUACCCUAGAAACUUCUCUACCUGAAGUGAGUACAUCCGUGUAGGAUUUGACUCCAGGAGCAGAUGGUGCAUACAGUGUUGUGCAAGUUGCCUUCCUACUGCUGUAUUCCCUGCUCUUCCUGUUCUGGGUGGCAGCAGUCCAGUUGGGUCCUUCAUGAUGAAAGAUUUGGGGACGCUUCCCUCUCCUUUGUGUAGUUGAUAGUUGGGGUGGUGAAGAGAUGGCUGACAGUGUCAAAACCUUUCUGCAGGACCUUGCCAGGGGAAUCAAAGACUCCAUCUGGGGAAUUUGUACCAUAUCAAAGCUAGAUGCUCGAAUUCAACAGAAGAGAGAGGAGCAGCGUCGAAGGAGAGCAAGCAGUGUCCUGGCUCAGAGGAGAGCCCAGAGUAUGGAGAGGAAGCAAGAGAGUGAACCACGUAUUGUUAGUAGAAUUUUUCAGUGCUGCGCUUGGAAUGGUGGAGUAUUCUGGUUCAGUCUACUCUUGUUUUAUCGAGUGUUUAUUCCUGUGCUUCAGUCAGUAACGGCCCAAAUUAUUGGUGAUCCGUCACUGCAUGGGGAUGUUUGGUCGUGGCUGGAAUUCUUCCUCACGUCUGUGUUCAGUGCUCUCUGGGUGCUCCCCCUGUUUGUGCUGAGCAAAGUCGUGAACGCAAUUUGGUUUCAGGAUAUAGCUGAUCUGGCAUUCGAGGUAUCAGGGAGGAAGCCUCACCCAUUCCCUAGUGUCAGCAAAAUCAUUGCUGACAUGCUCUUCAACCUUUUGCUGCAGGCGCUUUUCCUCCUCCAGGGGAUGUUUGUGAGUCUCUUUCCCAUCCAUCUUGUUGGUCAGCUGGUUAGUCUCCUGCAUAUGUCUCUUCUCUACUCACUAUACUGCUUCGAAUAUCGUUGGUUCAAUAAAGGAAUUGAAAUGCACCAGCGGUUGUCAAACAUAGAAAGGAAUUGGCCUUACUACUUUGGAUUUGGUUUGCCCUUGGCUUUCCUCACAGCAAUGCAGUCCUCCUACAUUGUCAGUGGCUGCCUCUUCUCCAUCCUCUUCCCUUUGUUCAUCAUCAGCGCCAAUGAAGCAAGGACCCCUGGCAAAGCGUACCUUUUCCAAUUGCGCCUCUUCUCCUUGGUGGUUUUCUUAAGCAACAGACUUUUCCACAAGACGGUCUACCUGCAGUCUGCCCUGAGUAGCUCCACUUCUGCAGAGAAGUUCCCCUCACCACACCCAUCUCCUGCCAAACUGAAGGCUGCUGCGGGCCACUGAGUCGCCUGCCACCCAGAGGGGAUGGGUGGGAUUGGAAGGAUGCCGUGGCAGCUCUUUUCCUUGUUCACCUCCCCCACCAGGGAAGGCAGGACCCACUCUGCCAAGGGCCCUGUGCACAUUCCCUUCUCUGAGGAAUUGGGAUUUUUGUCUCUGGUGCACGUAAGGCAGAAUCUUCCUGACACCAGUGUGGAUUUUAAACACUGGUGAGUCUGAAAGGACCACAGGUUUUUCUGCAGCUCUUUUCUAGCAUUUGCCAGCCCCCUGUGCCUGGACUGAUUUGAAUACUUUUUCUCCCUGUGCCAUUUGUCAUCCCACUUCCCUUCCUGCCUUCCACUACCCUUGGAUGAAUGGAUUUUUGUAACUCUAGUUGUUGUAUUUUGUGGACCUGUUAUUUUUGUUUUCCUGUGAAGCACAUAUAUUGGAUGUGGGAGGUAAAGGAGAAUCUGCUGCUCCUGGUCACUCCCUUUACAGCCAUCACUGUCUUGUUUCUUGUAACUCAGGUUAGAUUUGGUCUCUUGCUCCACUGCAAAAAAAAACAAGCCUGAAGAGAUGGGACAGGAGGAAAGACCUCAGAGCCAGAUCUGCUGGGUUUUGAGGAGUGAUUUUCUUUCUUCCCCUUGAAGGGGAAAAAGUUUUUUUCACUGGUACAUUUAAAGCUCCCCCAGUAUAGGGAGAUACCAGUUUUGGACAAGUGCCACUGCAACACAGAAUGCUCAGAGAACCUGAACUUUUAAACUCUGGAGGUCUGAACUUUACUGCUGGCCGCUGCUGGGUCUGUCUGGUAUUUCAAAGGAAUAUUGGGUGCUGCAAAUAGGAACUGAAGGGGUAAACUUAUUAAACCCAUUAUACCUGUGA